AUGUGUAAAUGGUUGCGCGCCAACACAGCCACAUCAGUCUGCACUCCUCCUUUCCGCUUCCGGUCCCCCCAGCUCAAAUUCCUUGCUCCCUCCUCCCUUUCCUUAUCAUUUCACUUCUUCUCUAUGGCUGACGUGAGCGAUCCCGCCAUCGACGCCGCCUAUCAAGAUGUCCGUUCCGACAAGUCCGACACCAAUUGGGUUCUCCUCGACUACGAGAACGAUCGCUCGGACAAAUUGGUUGUUACAGGGACGGGGACGGGCGGUCUGGCCGAGUUGCGAGAGUCUCUCGAUGACGGCAAGGCGUCGUAUGCGUACGUUCGCGUCAGCUACUCCAACGACAAGGAGUCAAAGCGGGAGAAGUUCAUUCUUGUGGUAUGGAUUGGUCCAUCAUGCAAGGUCAUGCGGAAAGCCAAGGCAGGGAAGCUCCAUCCGAGAAACAAUCGUUCUGACUUUGCGCGGCAGAUAUCCGUCCAUUCGGCAGACGUGAAGAGCACGCUGCGAGUCUUCUCGAUCGAGGUGGCUGCCCGUGAGAAGGACGAUCUGAACGAAGAGCCCAUUGUUGUGCGACUGCGGAAGGCCGGCGGUGCCAGCUACGAUGGCGUUUGAAUAAUUCCGUGGUUUUGUUGAGAAACGCGUCUUACAUAUUUGGAAGAGAAAAUUCAAUUCAAUUUUGGCUCAACGUAGCGAUCACGCCACCGCAAUCUCUUGGAAUGGAAAUAUACUUUUGUCGUG